AUGGCCGACUCCGAUGCUUUUCACAUCGCUGUAGGCAUCCCGCUGCCUACAGAUGUCGGUGAUGAGGACUUUUUCUCACGACCAUCGACUCCUGAUUCUGGUGAGCGCGUUACCCUCAAAUGCGGCGAAAAAGUCUUCACGUUCAGCAAGUCAAAGCUGGUCAAGGACUCUGACUACUUCAGAGCAUGCCUCAACAGCUCCAAUUUCGUCGAGGGCAGAACUUCCGUCAUAGAGUUCGACGAUAUCGAGCCAAAGGUUCUCAAGGCUUACCUACGCAUCGUCGAUAUGACGACUACCGGCAACCCAUUCGAUGAGUUCAUAGCUAUGACCAAGUGGUAUAGGGAACAUGCGGAGGACUUCGUUACCGUGAUUGGAGUUUACCGACUUGCCGACCGGUUGCUGAACGAGCCUGUGCGUGUUGAACUGGCCGAGUCUAUCCUGACUUACAUGCAGCAUGAAGCAGUGACGACGGUAAACAAAUCAUCGCCAGAGGGUAUCAAAUGGCUAUUCAACACAUACAAGAACGCAUAUGACAACUUGGAUCCCAGCAUUCCCGAUGAGGCCAAUCUCCAGUCUCAGAUUGCGGAGGUUUGCUGUCAACAAAUCGACAUUGACAAAACCUACGCUUUAGCCCGCACAACUACCGAGGGAGAGGCUUUUCUGGAGGCCGUGCUGAUGGCCACGACUCAACGUAUGGCCACUCUCCUGCAGCAGACCAGAUCUCUCGGCAUCAAGAUGGAGCGCCUUGAAGCGGAGAACCAGGUGAUUAUCGAGAAUGGAUACAUGGGAGAUUAUAACGAUCUCAUGGAAUACUUCUCUUAUAACUACCAUGAUGGCAUGCACGACGGCGAUUUUAUUUCAAUAGAUGAUGACGGCGAUGAUGACGAGGAAGAUGAUGAGAACGACGAUGAUGACGAGAGCGAUAAAGACGACGAGGACAACGAAGAUGACGAGGACAGAGAUUAUGGCGAAGACGGCGUGCGCCGAGAUCAUUGA